CGCUUGCAAUAAUAGUAGCAGCCCGGUUCUUCCAUCUUCCACACUUUCUCCCCGAGUCAUUCUCGUCUCUUCGACUUGUCGCGUUACUCGCUCCGUCCGCCGCCAUGCUGUCCGCAAGUGGAUUUCGUGCUUUCUUCGCGAUCCUCGCCCUGCCUCUGGCCCUCGGAAAUCGCUUCUACGGCGACUGUCCGGCUUCCGGUCACAACGGGGACCUCAUAUGGCAGUACGAAGUCCGUCGCAACUCAAAUCCGUUCUCGAAUCAGACCGCAGAGGCGCAGUACGGACCCAUGAACGUGAACAUCAGUUGCAUCGAGGUGAUUUCAGACCGGACAACCGAGAACGGAGAGGCGACGAUAACUUCCGGUGGAGUCGGAUCGAACCACGUGAAAUUCAGCUUCGCUACGGAUCGCGGGAAGCCGAUGCGCAUCAGGGUUUUGGUCUACAGACACCGGUUGUACGACUUGCGAGCGAUUUAAUCAGUCGCCCACUAGCGUGAAAAAGUCCAGCGUAAUUUUAAUCGAACAAUUGGCGGCAUCGAUUUUUCCACGUAUUAUAACAACGAACCUGUUAUGGUACCUAGAUUCGCAAUUUAUUACUACAUACUUCGCUGUUAAACGAUUGUGUUUAUACAGCAUUGUACAACGUUAAAGAUCCGGAAGUCGGAGCUCGUUUCUACAUCGUUCUCUAAUUAUCGAGUCGUAUUAUUUACCCCGGAAGAUUCUUAUCUUUCCUUGACGUGACUCAAUCUAGUCUUGUAUACACUACGUUAUGUGCGCACAGAUUACUGCGACAUGUUCAUGUAGACUUUACUCGCGGUUGAGAUGUAUGGAUAAUGAAAUUUAAUGAAAUAAUAAUAAAGUAACAAUGCAGAAAGAAAAAAACAAUGCAAUCAAAUAUUUAUUCAUUGUAUUAAGAGCGUCUUCGCCGUUUGGCGAUACACAAAAUACUAUCAGCAACUUCGUUACAGGAAUUUUAUCCUGACUCCAAUUGUUACAUUUACCAAAUUAAUCACUUUAUAAAAUCAGACACACGCUUAAGUCAAUUAUAUGUAACCUCUUAUUAAUAUUCGUCGAUUUUUAUAAUACGUAAAACAAAUUUAAGAAUAAUUCUAAAAUUUUGUAUCGUGUAAGAGUACUUAGAAAAUGAAUCGAAUAAACGAUUUGAAAUCGCAUCAAAAAUCAA